CGAUUACUCCCCGUUACCGGCUGUAAACAAAAUGGCCUCACCACGAUCUAAGUUGGAUGAGGUUGAGGCCCAAAAAUUCCGAGAUAAUUUAGCCCGAUUAAAAAGUUUUUUUUUCCAAGAUGAUGAAAAAACAAAGGCUGCUUUAAGCCUUAUUUUGGACGAGCUCAUAGCUGUUGAUUCUUCUGUUUGUAAAUUUAUUCAUGAAUAUGAAGGCAGCGAAUUGUUGGCUCGUUUGUGUCACUCCAUACCUAUACAUUUGGAACGGAUCGUAGUGAAACUGUGUCUGGUGAUCACCAACUUUAUUACACACAAGAAUGUUAUUUUGUCCAGUGGUGAUCUUCAUACUGUUGUUCAGUUUCUCACCCAGGCUUUACUUCAGACUCAAAGUUUUAUCCACUCAGACAUCCUUAGAGCUCUUAGUGCAGUCUGUGAGAAUAAUAGUCAUCGUAUUGAGAAAUUCCAUGAUGUUCUGGUUGGAGGUCAGGGACUAUUACUACACUUAACAGAUGACACAACCAAUGAUGAAGAAGUUGUGGUUGAAGCUGUCAGGUGUUUAGCUGUGUUUACAUCAAUAAGACCUAACUAUGCUGAGCACAUAGAAGUGAGAUAUCUGUCUGCCAGUUUUGAUACUCUUGUCCAUCUUUUACACAGAGCUCCUAACAUGAAAAUGGCAUCACAUCUUCAAAACAAGCUUCUCAUGUACUGCUUCAGUGGAAUCCAGAACAUUAUUGUAUUGAAACGUUUGCCAAACAUUGAGCUGGGAAUACUCUUUGCUGCUGUCAGGGCUUAUAUGUUUUAUGGCCUAACCAGUCAAACAGUGAACAUACCAACACAGUUGUAUCCCAAUGUGGUUACCCCUUAUGAUCCCUUGGCCUCCUCUAAGACCCCCAAACAGACUGGCAACUUUUCAACAACACCAGGGGAGUCUAAAAGCAGCAGAGGUCGUGGGAGAGGUGGAGGAGCAAUCCAUGGGGACAGAAUCAAGAGGCAGAGAAAAAAGAAAGACAAAGCUAAAGGAGAUGAGGCUGAAAGAGAGACAAGUCAAAGUAGUCUGACCGGUGGUACACAUAGGUCCACUGACCAAUUGGUACUUGCAGGAACUUACUCAGGUUCAUGGAGCACUGUCACUCCAGAUGAAGAAGCUCUGACCUGGGACAUGACAUGGCUAAAGUUCAGCAGUUCAGAUUCAGAGUACUCUGACACAGAAGGAGGAAGAGUUAGGCAGCACAGAUCUGAGGCUGUCAAAGUUCGACAAUGUGCACUGAACUGUUUUCUAAACAUUGUUCGGGUGGUUGAUAAGAGGCUCAUGUUUGGCUAUUGGUCAUCAUUUAUCCCUGAUGUUGGCCUUAGCAACAAUGCUUCUCAAACACAGUCCCUUUUUACAACCAUUUUAAAGGAUCCUUCUCCUAAGUGUCGUAUGGCAGCUGUGGCAAGUCUGACAGCCAUGUUGGAGUCUACAAAACCAUACCUUGCUGCUGCUGAAGAAAUAACCCCUCACCAAGCUGCUUUCACUCCCUUCUCUGCCAUUUUGGGUUCCAUGAUUCGUGAGAUGCACAGGUGUCUUGUUCAGGCUCUUGUUGCGGAAAAUUAUAAAGCUGUUCUUACACAGAUAAUAAAGUGUCUGGCUAACUUGGUGAACAAUGCACCUUACCACAGAUUGAACCCUGGACUUCUGACAAGAGUUCUCAAACAAAUCAGGCAUUUCUAUAACCACAAAGAUCCCAAUGUGCGAACGGCAUGCUUGACUUGCAUUGGAUCAAUUGUGGGCAUCAAACCACCCCUGAUGGAAGUGUCUCAGCUGAUAAAGCCACCGCACCCCCCUCUUGGUGUCAACCGUUCUGCCAACCCUGGUGACUCCCCUCUUUUUAGACCAGAAGAUGCCUCUUACCUUCUGUAUCCUAGUUUUGCCACCCCGCAAGUGUCUAAAGUUGCAGAGGAAGCAGAUGAGUCUGAAAGAGAAGCUGAGACUCUCACCCCUUGCAUUUCAGUGUCAGAGCCAGACAAAUCUUCAGGUGAGAUAGGCAGUGAUCCUCAGAAGUCUGAUGUAGAUGAAUUGUGUAUCAAUCCAUGUCUCGAUACCACGGCUAUGGAAACAUUAGGCAACAACUCUAAAGAUGUUUUUGAAUCUGGAGAUCCCUGUGAUAGCAUACUAGGGAAAAAACAAGGACCAGAGGUAUUGUAUCCAGUGUUAGGAGCAAGUGGUGGCUCAGACACUCCAGUUUACACAGACCACAUUCUGCAAGCCCAUGCCAGAGAGACUUCCUGGGUCAUCAAACUUUGUGUAAAAAAUAUUACAGGUCAACCUGACCUAGCCAAGGAUGACAUUCAGUCCAGAAAAGAAUUGCCUCAGAAAUAUGAACCUUUACCAGUAAGAUUGGAAGCUUUACAAGUUAUGAGCAAUUUAAUCAAAAAUUAUUUCCCAGUCAUUAGGCAAAGUUUUCAUCUGCUUAAGAACCUUGUCCAGAUGUGCCUGGAAGAUACCAACUACAUCAUUAAGCUCCAUGGCUCUAAAGUACUGGAUGAGUUUACACAAGUGUUACAGAGAGAUAUUCAAGAUGCCAGCAUAGCUCCAAGCCAUGUCAUACCUUUUGAACAGAUUCUAGAUUUUUGGCUCUACCUUUUAGAAGAUCCUCUACCCAAGCUGUUAAACUACAAUCCAGAGUUGACCACAGAAGGGAAUAAUUUAGUUCGGUCUGGUGCUUGUGAGUGUAUGGCCAACAUUGGGGAAGGAAUCUUUUCUAAGCUGCCACACCAUCGUCAAAUGCAGUGUGUGACUCUGGUUCUGGGCCUAGCUGAUGAUGAAGACAAACUGAUCAAAGCCUCUGCUGUCAGAGCUCUAGGGAUCUAUGUUAUGUAUGCCUGUUUGAAAGAUGAUGUUGCAUUUAUCAUGGAUGCUGGGAGGGCUAUUCUCCGAUGCAUGGAGUCAUCAAGCAACAGUGUGAGGUUUAAAGCUGCCUGGGCCAUGGCCAACCUUUGUGACACAUUGGUUAGUAAUAAGGAGAAUCAUGUUGAAGAAUUUCUUUUGGAGUUCCCAGAGUCCAUGGUUCUUCAACUGGUCCAGUGCGCUGCAUCAUCAAGCAAGGACAGUGACAAGAUAAGCUGCAACUCUGUACGUGCCAUUGGAAAUUUGCUGAGGUUCUUGACAGCUGCUUCUUUCCAACAACCAGACAUGCAGAAGGCAGUUGACACUGCAGUAAAAGGACUGGUUAAAAAUAUGACCAGUGGUACUAUGAAAGUGCGCUGGAACAGCUGCUAUGCUGCAAGUAAUGCUUUUCAGAAUAGUCAUCUCCCACUGGACAAGCCUUGGUUGACUGACAUACUGACCACUUUGAGUAAAGUUGUACAGAACAGUUCAAAUUUCAAAGUCAGAAUCAAUGCAGCCUUGGCUUUGUCCAGUGUGCAAAGCAGACAACAAUAUGGAUCGAAAGAAACAUUCUGCGAUGCCUGGAUUAGCUUAGUCUGUGCCUUGGAAAGUGCAGAGAAUAUAAAUGACUUUGCAGAGUACAAGUACAAAGACAGUUUGACCGAGCAUCUUUGUGGUGCAGUCUUGAGGCUAACUACAAUGAUAGAGGUGUCAGACUUGAGCCUGCUUUCCCAGAGUGUGCUGAUCAAAGGACAUACCUUCAGAACCUACAUGGAGAGAUACAUUCACUUAGAGUCAAAAAAAGCUCAGAUAAAUGUUCCUAAAGUAGAAAACAUUAAAUGUCAUUUGGAGAAACUGUUGACUGAAGCCACUACAGAGGAACAGAGACGCUGUGUGGUGGGACUGCUACAGGCUUGUCUGCCUGAGUUAGAUUCCACAGAUGAAAGAACUCCUGAGAAAUCAUCCUUUCAACAAAUAUAUGAUUAAUUUAUUUUGUACAUUCUCUUACUCUACUUCUAUACCAAAUAAAAUGAUCCAAUCCAUCAA